AUGAAGCUGGAGAAGGGCUUAGAGAACAAUCUUGUGCACUGCUGUCUCACGUCCAAUGUUUCAGCAGGAACUAACUGCACCACUCAGCUUGGGGCCGUCUGCAAACUUGCCGAGAGUGCGUUCGAUUCCAGCGUCUAUGUCACUGAGGAAGAAGGGAGAUACUAUUGGUCCCGCUUGUCAGAAAAUUACUACUUCCAGAGAGGGCCUCUGGGCCUGAGGCAGUGCGGGACUACUAUAAAAGGCAGCCCAACUCUCUGCUCUCCCAUCCACUUCUCUCGCCUCCUUCUCCUUGGCAGCCAGGUGCACCUCUUGCCCACAGACAUGUCCUGCUGUAGCCCAUGCCAGCCCUGUGGCCCCACCCCGCUGGCCAACAGCUGCACUGAGCCCUGUUGCAGGCAGUGCCAGAGCUCCACCGUCGUCAUCGAACCCUCUCCUGUGGUGGUGACCCUGCCCGGCCCCAUCCUCAGCUCCUUCCCGCAGAACACCGUUGUGGGCUCCUCCACCUCCGCUGCCGCCGGCAGCAUCCUCAGCAGCCAGGGAGUGCCCAUCUCCUCCGGGGGCUUUGACCUCUCCUGCCUUACCAGAGGCUACUGUGGCAGCAGGUGCCGCCCCUGCUAA